AUUGGAUUUAGUGAGGGAGAGACUCAUCGUCGUAAUUCGUAAAAUAUUAUAGUCGAGAAAAAAAUAUGCAAAAGAAAAUAAGCUCACUCUGUAGAUGCUUACUACUCAAUUGUAAAUUCAGCUGCCGUCAUUUUUACUGCUGUUGAUAUUUCUCUCUCUGUUGUUAUUGUUGUUGUUCUUGUUCUUGUUCUGCUGUGCUGUGAUACCCUGAUUCUGCUGUUUUUUUGUGCUUGACAUUCGUUCUUUGUUGUCUUCCUAUAUGUUAAACCAAAAGCCGUGUGUGAGAGUCAUGUCAAGCCAUUCAGCAGCAGCUGAUCCAGUGUCCACUUAACAAACUUGUUGACUCAUCGUUGUGCAACCUUCCAAUGACCACCACCUGAUAUAUACACGUAAAAACUUGCCCGAGUGUCAAGUUGCGUGUGUAAAACAUGUUCAGCUUCGAGGGUGAUUAUAGGCGCAAACCACAGCAGAAUUUAGCCGGUGCCAGCAGAACGGACGAGAAGGCCACUCUGCUCCAGCAUGCGCAUUUGGAGAGACAGAAACGAGAACAGCAGCGACUGAAGCACAACUCCGCAGUCAAGAUUCAGGCUGGUGUCAGAAGCUUUGUCCUGAGACAAUUUGUGAAAAGGCAGGAGAGGCGUGAGUUUGAUGAGUUGAUGCAGGACAUCACUGCCAGGAAAAGAGGCGUCGACGACUUGACACCGUUGGUUAAGAAGCUCUUGUUUUUCUACAAUCACAAGGACGACGGGACCAGACUCGUUAGUCUACUCCAGCUCGUGCUGAGACUUCACAAAGAUAUCAAGCAGAGGUACUUGACUUCUCCAGAGUGGUCAUGGAAGAUCAGGUGGUUACUCAGAACUUGCAUGCAAUACAGUCUUCAAACUGUGUUGGUAGACUCAGUUCAAUCAAUAGCCAUACCCUUCAGAAUCUUAGAAGUCUUCACAACGCCAGAGGAUAUAGACAAAAUUGUUGGCCCAGAUAGUAAUUCGAACCUCAAAGAAAUAUUUGCCUACCUUGUGAAGAACAAGUACUUUCAGCAAGUUCGGCAAUUAAUUGAUGCCAAAGUGCCACACGAUCUCGAGCCUUCUCCAGUACCGCCGACACCCAUGGCAAAGUGGUUCCUUGAAAUGAUACAACGACCCUUGAGUAUAGUUAAUAGUGUAGACAAUUCUAAUGACUUUUGCUUUUUGAUUUUAAAUGAGUUUUGUGCGAGCAUACUAUCACCAAAACUAACGAAUCCUAUAUCAGACUUUGUUAUUCCUGCACUACUGGAGUUCAAAGAGUUUCCCUACAACAAGUUCAUUGACUGCAUCAACCGCUGCAACAAUCAGCCGAGCGUCAGUCUUUUGUAUGCGGUUCUUCAAAUGGAACCGGUUGGAAGAUCGAUGAACAAAUCAAAGGACAAUCUAGUAAACUAUCUUCAAGUUUUGGCGUCCUUGAGUUCUAUGCUCAAUCCAACUCUAGGCCAACGUAAGUCAAACAACGAACAGCUCUACGAUUCCGACAGCGACAGCGAAACAGAAUUCAUGGACACAGGGGAGUUCGAGACGAUAUAUCGUUGCAUCGAAAUGUUGAACGAAGAACAGCGCGUUCACAACAUAUUGUUGGGAGCCGAUCAAGGUGCAGACGAUCCUUCGGUGCUGCAGCCACUGUGCUCACUCUGUCACAAUCUACUGAUAAAUAACAAAAACGCGAUUCACAAGUGCAAGCUUCUGUACAUGCUGGCCUUCAAACCAGCCUUUCUGCGGCAGUUAUGGAACACACUGUUGACUCUAAGCCAGACGUCAUUGUUUGGUGGUUCGACGCCUUACAUACACAUCAUAUCGAGAGGUAUUGCCUUAUCGACCGACGACACGGCGCGAAUUGUGCCUUUGUUGGCGGUGUUCUGUUCACUGUUAAGUCUGUUGAUAACUACCCUCCACGACACCGAGUUCUUUGUCGAACCAUCGGGCGUGGAUCUGAACAACAUAAUGGACAAGGCGCAGCAGCCACUCCAGCAGCAAACGAUGCCAUUCACGACGUACGACUUGGUGAUGCUCAGCUCACACUUGAAAGGCGUUUGUCUGGGGCUGGUCGAGCUCGCUUAUCCGGAGACCAGGCCGACCAUAAGGGACGACUACAAGAACGCGGUUCUGGGUCCCUCGUCGUCGACAAUAGCUCCACAGAGCACGCAAAUCUGGGCGCACUUGCUCAAAGUCUGCGUAAGUCUCCUACGCCAGCUGCACACGCGCGAUUUGCGCCGGCAGUACUGUCCGGAUGGCCACUGGAUCGCCUCGAACGUGGAGAUCCCGAUGGGCAAGCCCCACGACUUCAGCCUUCGACGGCGCCGGUUGCGCAGUUACGCACCCUUCCAUGGCCUACGAACCCUCAAGCGUGAAGAAAUCGAAGAAGGCCCACCCAUGUCCACGAAGGAGGUCCGCACGCUCACUCUUUUGCGCGAGAUACCCUUCGUGGUGCCGUUCAACGAUCGCGUCGUCGUUUUCCAGACGCUCAUUCACCGGGACAAGUGCGAGAUGCAGGGCGAGCUCUCGCACUUCAUGCAAGGCCCAUCCAUCAACGUGUCCAUCAGGAGGAAUUAUUUGUACGAAGACGCGUUUGACAAGCUUUCGCCCGAAAACGAGCCCGAGAUGAGGCUCAAAAUGCGGGUACAGCUGGUUAAUACGGCUGGUAUGGACGAGGCGGGUGUCGACGGUGGCGGCUUGCUCAGAGAAUUUUUGGCGGAGCUGCUCAAGACUUGCUUCGAUCCCAAUAGGGGCUUCUUUAGACUUACCAAGGACAACAUGCUGUAUCCGAAUCCAAUGGCUCACUUGCUUGAAGAGAAUUUUCCCAAGCAUUACUUUUUUAUCGGAAGAAUACUAGGAAAAGCUUUGUACGAAAAUUUGCUCGUCGAAUUGCCGUUUGCCGAGUUUUUCUUAUCGAAAAUCGUCAGCACGAAGUCUGACGUUGACGUUCACCACCUUGCCUCCCUCGACCCCGUAAUGUAUCGAAACUUAUUGUACCUUAAGAGCUACAAAGGCGAUGUAGCUGAUCUUGGCCUAGAUUUUACAGUCUUAUCGGACGAAUUAGGUGAAAGACGAGUAGAUGAACUGAAAUCUGGUGGUGCCAAUAUCCCAGUAACCAAUCAUAAUCGAAUCGAAUACAUUCACCUGAUGGCCGAUUACAAACUCAAUAGGCAGAUCCGAGCUCAGUGCGCUGCGUUCAAACAGGGAAUCGGCAAAGUUUUACCACUCGAUUGGCUGCAAAUGUUCAAUAAUAAGGAACUACAAGUGUUGAUUUCCGGUGCUCAGAUACCAGUCGAUGUAAAUGAUCUCAAACAGCAUACCAACUACACCGGCGGUUAUGCACCUGAACAUCCGACGAUCGUUGCGUUCUGGAAGGUUGUGGACGAGUUCAGCGAUCAGCAAAAAAGACUUUUACUUAAAUUCGUGACAAGUUGCAGUAGGCCACCAUUGCUGGGAUUCAAGGAACUAGAUCCGCCUUUUUGCAUACAGCAUGUGGGUACAUCCGAUCGGCUGCCAACGUCCAGUACGUGCAUGAAUUUGUUGAAGCUUCCAGAAUUCCCGGACGAAAAAACGUUAAGAGAAAAGCUUCUCUAUGCCAUUCAAGCUGGUGCUGGAUUUGAACUUAGUUAAAAUAAUUUUCAAAUGUGUACUUUUCAUUUAUACUUGAAAAAAGGAGAUUUUCCAAAUGUUUUAAUUCAAUGAAUGUUUUUAUUUUCAUCCGAACGUUAAGCUUAAAACGUGUGAGUUGCUCCAAAUUAGAAUUAAACUCUAAGAUAUAUUUUGAUUGAUGUGUUAGUUGAGUAAAUGAUCAUUUUUAUUUGGCGGAUAGUUCUUAGUUUAAGAAACAUACAUUGAAUUUUAGACUUUGAAUGCCCUCAUUGAUUUGUACACUUAAGAAAAAAAAUGUCAAUGACUGUGUAAAUAGUUAUUUUGUAAAAUAUUAAUAUGCAACUAUUUUGGUACUGCAUAUACUACUAUCCAUGUUAUUAGUUUUUAAGAAUAAACUUUGGUUUGAGAUGUUUGUAUUUCAUAGGCAGUUUGAUGAAAUUUAUCAGUUACUGGUGAAAAUUGUAAGUAAAAUGUUCUUUUUGUACAUAAAGCCAAAAUAUUACUCAUG